UCAAAUGUUGCCGUUACCUUCCAUUUUCCCCAGUCAACACCACUUCUCUAAAUAAUCAAAACUCUCUCUCUCUCUAAAACUCCAUUCUAGAGAGAGAAACACCCCAAAACAAUGUCACUCAUCCAAUAACCAACAACAUGAACCCCCAAAACCCCACAUUCCCUCUCGACGAUCAUCUUUUAUGCGACGAACACGAAUCAGACUUCAAUUUUGACCAUGAAAGUCAAAUCUCGAAGCAAAAAGAUCAUCUUUUUACGCAUUUUGAGCACGAUUUAUCAUGGGAUGAAGAUGAGCUUUCGUGUCUUUUGUCUAAAGAGAAGAAUUGUUAUUCAGAAGGGGGUUUGAUAGAUUUGAGGAAAGAAUCGGUUGAUUGGAUGAUUAGGGUUUGUAGUUGUUAUGGGUUUGUUGCAAUGACGACUGUUUUGGCUGUUGAUUAUUUUGAUAGGUUUUUGUUGAGUGGGGGUUUUAAGAGGGGUGUAAGUGUAAGUAUGCCGUGGAUGAAUCAGCUUGCUGCUGUUGCUUGCUUGUCGUUAGCUUCGAAAGUUGAAGAGAUUCAAGCGCCUGUGCUCAUGGAGUUGCAAGUAGAAGGAGCGAAGUUUGUGUUCGAAUCCAAGACUAUAAUGAGAAUGGAGCUUCUUGUGCUUGAUUCUCUUCAAUGGAAGAUGAAUCCAGUGACCCCAUUUGCGUUUACAGAUUACAUUAUGCGGAGGCUUGGUUUGAUCGCUCAUCAUCAAUGUUCAGAGUUUGUUCAGAGGUGUGAAAGAACUGUUCUUGCUGUUGUCAAUGAUUCAAGGUAUCUGGAUUAUCUUCCAUCCGUUAUUGCAGCUGCGACAAUGGCCCUUGUGAUCAAGGAGGUUGAUCCCGAUAAUGCAUUCGAUUAUCUAAACGGGCUCAAAGAUUUUCUUGAAAUUAGUGAGGAAAAAGUAGACGAAUGCGUGAAAUUUAUCCUGGAAGUAUCUGAUAAUCAUGGAAGUAACCACUUCGUAAGCCAGAAGCGAAAGUACCAGUUUGCCCCUGCAAGCCCGAAUGGUGUAAUAGAUUCCUAUUUCAGCAGUGACAACUCUAAUGAUUCGUGGGCAGUUGCAUCAACAUCGCCGGUUUCAUCUUCACCUGAACCACUGUUGAAGAAGAUCCGAGCUCGUGACGAGGCAGGCUUUACCGACUCGUGUAUGGUCAGUAACCUUCGUUAGUUUUCGUAGUAGUUUGGCGAUUUUAUUUCUCAAAAUAGGAUGUUAAGGUGCGAUUACAUCACUAAUCAAUAAUUAGUUCUUGUUAGAAUUAUGUAUGUUGUUUAAUGAAAUCUUGAUUAUUGAGUUUGAUAA